CCCACGCAAGUAAAAUAUAGCGUGCGAGCGUUCUCAGCCCGCUCUGACAGGCAGCAAACGUCCCGGCCGUCCUACCCUGAAAUAUUAAAAUAAGACAAGACGUAUAUAGGCUGAAUGCUUCAUCUAAAUACUAGCCACACCACACCACACCACAUAGAUCUAUCUCCAAGCAAGCGACUCUGGAGUUCUCUCCAUUGCUUUAGCUGAAAGAGUUUUGAGGAUGGUUAUGGAGGGCGAGGGAGAGUCAGAGCAGAGUCACAAUGUUGUGUUAUUCCCAUUUAUGGCUCAGGGCCACAUGAUACCCGUGCUCGACAUCGCGCGGAUGCUUGCGGACCAUGGGCUCGCCGUGACUCUGGUCACCACCCCUCUCAAUGCGGUUUGGAUCCGGCCGAUCUUGGAUCGUGCGGCAUCGUCAAGCUGCAGGGUGCGUGUUCUUGACAUUGAGUUCCCUUGCGCCGAAGUGGGCCUGCCAGAAGGUUGCGAGAGCAUGGACCUUCUGCCUUCGAAUGAUUUAAAGAUCAAUUUUCUCCGGGCCACCGAGUUGCUCCAAGAGCCCUUUGAGAAGCUCAUCAGACAGGAGGUGGAGAAUCCCCUCUGUAUCAUCUCGGACAUGUUCCUCGGGUGGACGGUGGAGACGGCGAAAGUCCUCGGCAUCCCGAGAAUUGUUUUCCAUGGGACCAGCUGUUUCAGCUGUUGUUGCUCAUCCUGCAUCCAUGAAAAGAAGCCUCACAUCAACGUGGGCUCAGACACCGAGCCCUUCAUGCUGCCCGGCUUGCCACACGACAUUAGGCUCACCAGAGCCCAGCUGGCCGAGUUUAGUAAGGGGAAUUCAGAGUUGAUGGCUGCUGGGUUUAGCAGAGUUUUAGAGGAGAUGAGGCGAGCGAAUGCCCACAGUUACGGUUCUAUUGUGAAUAGCUUCGAGGAGCUGGAGUCGGAAUAUGUGAACCAUUACAGGAACGUGGUGGGGAUGAAGGCGUGGCCCAUUGGGCCGGUGUCCCUUUGCAACCGAGACCAGAUUGACAAGGCAGAGAGGGGAAAGAAGGCCUCUGUCGACGAAAGCGCGUGCCUAAGAUGGCUCGACUCGCAGAAGCCAGAGUCGGUCGUGUAUGUAUGCUUCGGAAGUUUGUGCCGUCUUGCCCCGCAGCAGCUAACAGAUAUCGGACUCGGCUUAGAGGCCUCCGGGCUGCCGUUUAUCUGGGUAUUGAGAGGGGACAGAGAGCAGGUGGACCAGUGGCUGCCCGAGGGCUUCGAGGAACGCGUGAAGGGCAGGGGAAUGGUAAUCAAAGGAUGGGCGCCGCAAAUCCUGAUCCUCUCACACCCAGCCACCGGAGGGUUCGUGACGCACUGCGGCUGGAAUUCGACGCUGGAGGGCCUGACUGCGGGGCUCCCAAUGGUGGCAUGGCCACUUAAUGCGGAGCAGCCGAUGAACGCAAAGCUGGUGGUGGACGUGCUGAAGGUAGCGGUGCCAAUCGUCUUCGACACCCAAGGAGUGGUGCCCAAGGAGGCGGUGGAGCAGGCGGUGUCGGAGAUGAUGGGGAAUGGUGAGAUGAGGGGGAGGGCGAGAGAGUUGGGGGAAAUGGCGAGGAGGGCAGUGGAGGAGGGAGGGUCGUCUUAUAUGAACCUCACCCUCUUCAUUCAGGAUAUGAUCGCUUAUAAGAAGGCGCGCACCAUGGACACCGCUCCUGUAUGUGAUUCUCCUCCUCCCUGUACUUCAUCUGAAUGAAAAGGUGGAUUAUUCACCAUCAGAAUGUCGACAGAGGCAUUACUGUCAUUGAUUUUUAUGAUGUACUUUUUCGUAGUGACUUAUUAAAGUAGAGAUUGCUUGUAAAACCAAGCCAAAAGAUUUCACUUCUAAGGGAUUUUUGUGAUGUGCUUUUGUUUUGUAGUGAGUUAUUAAAGUAGGGAUUGUACGUCC